AUGGGCUAUCAGAGCGAGAUCAAUAUAGCAAUGGGUCGCGUUUCCAUGAUACGGGACUUUUUCGAUGGGCUAGCCCACCACGGCACAAUCGUGGGCAUGAGGGGCGCAACUCAAUGGAGGACGCGCAUGCUACCCGCAGAAGGCGCUUUUGAGAUGCAUGUGAGGGGAGGAAAUGAGCAAAUGAACCUUUUAUCUGUCCCCAAAACAAUCGUAUCUUCUAAGGCGAAAAUAGUAGAGUGA